AUGGCCUCGCUAGAGGAGAAGGAGGCGCUUUUUAAACGACUUCAGAUACUUGGUAGUGAUGAUGAGUUCGAUGCAGAAGAAUAUCAUGAAAGGCAACAAUGUCGCAAAUUCUUUGCACCCAAACCAAAACCACAAUCAAUUGCUAACCCUCAAGCAAAAGAAGCCCCUGUGCUGGACCUCGUCAGUGAUGAUUCACAACAGUCAAGAGUGACGCCUAGGAGAGUAACCUCGGCUCCGACCCCAGCACCCGCUCAAGGGGCAAAGAUAAUCAAGGGAACACCAAUGACAGCUAUGGGUCAGAAGAGCAAACCCGGCACACUCUUGAACCAUCGCAGUGAUGGAGCUAUUCUGGUUGAUGAUACACCUAUACCGGAUACUGCUCGCCAGACGCAAAGGACUCUAUCUAGAAGUGAUUCUUCACCCCUCCUUGUUACCGGGAGAAAUCUCGGCCAAGUGGUCGGUCAGUCUCCUUCACCAAGCUUAACAACGAAGAAAAGAAAGCGCGAGCCUGUGCUCAAACCCCGGCCAGAGAGCGAGCAAAUCUUGAAGGGUAUUACUUUCUUUUACGUUCCCGAUGAUGAUAUCGCGCCGGUUCGAAGGUUACGCAUCACGAGGGCGCGCGAAUACGGUGCGACAUGGGUGCGAGCGCCGCGCAUUGCGACUCACAUUGUGGUGGAGAAGCAUAUCAAGUACAAAGAAUUGGACGGUAUUUUGAAGAGAACCAACAGGAAUCUCCCACCCAUAGUGGUCAAUGAUGAAUAUUUCAUUGACUGCGUCCAAUUCAAGACCAUCCUUCAAAACAACCAAAAAAAGUACCAUCUUAUAGGCCAGCCUGUGACCACUGAAAACGAGUCUUCAGUUAUCCCACGCAGUCCCCUUGAUUCGAUGAAUUCCUUACCACUCAAGCCUCCUGAGAGGAACUCAAGGCGGUGGGACCAUGUACUUCCACAAGGUACUCCAGAGAGGAGUGAAGAGUCGGCUCAUCCUACUCAGAUCCCAGAGACUCCUGCUCCUGCAGAUUCGCAGCCGGUGAUACUUAACCUUCAAGACAUGGCCUCGCCUCGUUCUGGAAGUAAUGGAGGUAGUGCGACUCAUUCUCGGAAUUCUUCCUUGUCAGCCUUACAAGCCGCCAGUGGUGCCAAGCGAAUUCACAAAGAAGACAACCAUAAAGACGAGCUAUCUGAAUACAUCGAGAUAAUGGCCGAGUAUAAGGACCUCCCAUUAGACGCAGAUGAUGAAGACGCUCAAACCGUCACAGACAUUGGAGAUAUGGAAUCAGAAGAUCAACGUCUGUCAGGCUCAGAAGACGAGGUUACCAGGAUGCGCAAGUCGAAAAGGAAGACGAGAUCAAGGGGAAAAUAUAUUGCAUUCGAGGAUCGGUUUUCAUGCAACUCAGCUGGGGCAAAAGACGCUAAAGCGGGGAAUCCUAAUGCCCGCACAAUCGAGGUCCUACAAAAGAUGGCCGAUUACUACAAUCGUAUCAACGACCACUGGCGAUCAACUGCAUACAGAAAAGUCAUCAGCACGCUGAAGCGCCAAGAGACCAAGAUCACGUCUGCUGAAGAGGCGCAACAGCUACCUAACGUAGGACCUCGCCUGGCGCAAAAGAUUGAGGAAAUUGUUACAACCGAUAGGCUACAGCGACUUGAGUAUGCCCAAAAGGAGCCAAUGGACGAAGCACUCCAACUAUUUCUGGGCAUCUACAGUGUUGGAAACAGCCAGGCUCAACGGUGGCUGGCACAGGGGUUCCGAACGCUCGAAGACUUGAAAGCCAACGCUAAACGAUCGCCAAACCAGUCGUUAGGAAUUGACCAUUAUGAUGACCUCAAUACUAGAAUCCCUCGGCAUGAGGUCGAGGCUCUAGGCAUUGUUGUAAAGAGAGCCGCGCAACGUAUCGAUCCAGAGGUGGAGCUCAUCAUUGGAGGCAGUUACCGAAGAGGAGCAAAAACAUCUGGAGACAUUGACUUCAUUAUCACAAAGUCAAAUACAAAGUCCUCAGCUGAUCUACGGCCUUUCCUCGACAGCCUCGUUCAGCGUCUCGAGACUGAAGGAUUCCUCGUGGCACGACUAGCAUCAUCUCGGUCUGCUAGCGAUGGGAGUAAGUGGCAUGGCUGCUGCGUGCUCCCCAGGAUCAACGGCUUUAGCGACGAUGACUAUAAACCUGUCUGGCGGCGCAUCGAUUUCUUGCUUGUGCCCGAAUCCGAAAGAGGUGCCGCUUUGCUGUACUUCACUGGCAAUGAUAUCUUCAACCGCAGCAUGCGCCUGUUGGCUUCCAAGAAAGGAAUGAGAUUGAACCAGCGCGGUCUAUACAAGGAUGUCAUGCGAGGUCCGCAGAGGGUCAAGAUCACAGAUGGAGAGCUGAUCGAGGGGCGAGACGAACAAAGAAUCUUUGAUAUUCUUGGGGUCAAAUGGAGAGAACCUCAAGAACGAUGGUGUUAA